AUGGCUGAAUACACUCUUCACUUUGCACCACAAAGCGAGCCGGGUGCAGGUCGAUAUAGAUUAAUGGAACUGCCCAAAGAGCUUCUGGAAGUUAUCCAGGAAGGUACACAAACUCAUCUGAUGUAUAAUAAUAUUAGAAUAACAAUGUGUGGGAGAGAUGACGACGAUGCGGUACUAUGUACCGCUGAUAAGACAUAUAACAUACGCGCCAUCUCCGUAUCCAAUUCAUUCUGUGUCUUGACUCCACCAAGCAAUGACGAGAGCGGGGACGCCAUCAUACGGGCAAAUAUAGAACAAAUCCUUGAACUAUCGCCUACAGUUGCGAAGAUGCAUAGGCUGCGCGGUAUGUUAAGGGGUUGUGAGUAUGACGAGGACGCGGAUGAUCGAGUGAGUACCUUCACCUUUAGACAGGUUCGUGAACGGCGCCUGCUCACAGAUGUGAAAUCUGAACUCCAAGCUAGCGACACUGAGCUUGAAGCUGGUUUACGAGAUAUGCAUAUUCUGGUCCUCAAAGGCGAACUCCGUCCGAUGACGCCCAGCUAUCUGAAUAACGUUCUUGAGCUUAUGCUCAAUACCAUGGUCUCACUGUCUCUGCCACCUGAUGCGGUGUCCGUGAUGGACAUUGUAGAGACUUUGCAAUCAGAUCAUGAAAUACCUCCGGAGAUCCCCAAGCAAGUCAUGUCGUGGUUCGGGACCGUCCGUUCGUCGACUCUACAGUCGGAGACAUGGACUAUGGACGUUGGGGCGGUGGUGAGGCAGCUUGGAAUCGGCGUCCUGAGCAAUUAUCGAAGUACUCUCGUCGACCGAAAUGAAUUCUUGAGCAAAUGGAGGAACUUAGCAGGCGACUCAUUCGAAAAAUGCGUUGACUUAACACUACUGCAGGGCAAUUUUAUAACUUCUCACCAGUCAGCAACGACAAACCCAAUGUUGUCAUAUUUUCCUGCAUCGGAACUCCCCAUAAAUCCGGCGGAUCGAUUUUCGGAACUCUUCCUUGUCCAGACGAGAUGGAAGGCAGCAGAUAUUACGCCAUUCUUAGACGACAUUGCAGUGGACAGCAAGGAGAGGGACAAAUUACUCAUGAAAUUUGCGAGGAGUAUUACAGACAAAGACGGCAUGACGUGGUAUACGAGCCGGGGCGGAACGAUAGCAUAA